AUGGCGCCCCUCUGCGCCGACCCCCGCCAAGUCGUCAUCGCCCUGGAACCUCCCCAGCGCCAGGCCCUCCUCCAGCUCGUCCGGGACAUCACCUCGCACAUGAUCUCCCAACUUGAGACAUCCGCCGAUGAGCUUGGUUCCGUCUCCCCAGAAGCUGACGCCGAUGAGGGAGACAAUGCCGGCGCACAAGCCCCGUCCUUGCCUCCCCGUCAAGAGACGCAGGACCAGAGGCAACAUGCCGCCGACGAUAAGGAGCCCGCCGGCAAGGCUGCCCGGGAGGCCCAGAGCAUCCAGAGGGCGGCUGUCCAGCACGUGCAGGAGUGGAGAGACGAGUUUCUGCCGAGGCUGCAGGAGGUUGUCGAUGUGCAGGACAGUGCCAAGAUUCAGGCUGAGCGCAAGGCCAGGCGCGCCAAGUAUGACCAGCAGCAAUUCGACAUCCCCGAGGAGGGCGAGUACACCACGAGCUUUGGGCAUGUUCAGCCGGACGAGUCCGAGGACGUGGCCUCGCUCCGGGCUCUGUAUCACCCCAUCCCCACCGAGCUGGCUUCCAUCCCCGCCGAAGACAGGAGGGAGUCCCUCAGCUGCAUCCUCUUGCUCCUCCUCGCCACGGGCAAGUACUCGGCGCACUCCCGCGCUCUGAUCCUCUACCUGGCUUCGGCCCUGGAGCUGCCGCAAGUCUUUGUCAACAGGGAGGAGAUGGAGAUCGCCCGGUCGCUCAUGGAGUCCUCCACCGCCGACCAGGGCCAGAAGGAGACCAUGUCGGCCGAGGCCGAGGCCGCCAAGCGGCGGCAGCAGAAUAAGAUUAGCCGCCUCUGGAAGGUCGGGCUGGCCUCGGUCGCGGGCGCCACCAUCAUCGGCGUCACGGGCGGCCUUGCUGCGCCGCUGGUCGCGGGGGCUCUCGGCGGCAUCCUGGGCGGCGUCGGCCUCGGCGGCGUGGCCAGCUUCCUCGGCAUCUUCUGGAUGAACGGCGCCCUGGUCGGCGCGCUCUUUGGUGCGUACGGCGCCAAGAUGACGGGUGAGAUGAUGGACAGCUACGCCCGCGAGGUGGAAGACUUCCGCUUCAUCCCGCUCCAGGACCAAGAGGGGGACACCGAGGAGGCCGGAAAGCAUCGCAAAAAGGACCAGGAAAAAGACCAGCGGCGCUUGCGUGUCACCAUUGGCAUCAACGGCUGGCUCAACGCCGAGGACGACGUGACAGCCCCCUGGCGGGUCCUCAGCCCGGAUACCGAGGUCUUUGCGCUGCGCUACGAGAUGAAGACGCUGCUCGCCCUCGGCACGGCGCUGCGCGACCUGGUGCACUCGUUUGCGUGGAAGACGCUCAAGGUGCAAGUCAUCAAGCGCACCGUCCUCGCCACCCUCUUCGCCGCCCUGUGGCCCAUCCAGCUCCUCGCCGCCGCCUCCAACAUCGACAACCCCUUUAGCCGCGCCAGCAACCGCUCCCGCAAGGCCGGCCGCCUGCUCGCCGACGCCCUCAUCAACCGCGUCCAGGGCGAGCGCCCUGUCGUCCUCGUCGGCUACUCGCUCGGCGCCGCCGCCGUCCACGCCUGCCUAGAGUCACUCGCCGAGCGCCGCGCCUUUGGCCUCGUCGCCGCCGCCGUCGUCAUCGGUGCCCCCGCUCCUUCGGACCCGGCCCACUGGCGCACCCUGCGCGCCAUCGUCUCGGGAAAGGUCUUCAACGUCUACUCGGAAAACGACAUGGUUCUCGGCUUCGUCUACCGCAUGCACAGCCUCAAGCUCGGCGUCGCCGGCUUGCAGCCCAUCCUCGGCGUCGACGGCGUCGAAAACGUCGACUUGAGCGAUCGCGUCAGCGGCCACCUGCGCUACCCGGAGCUCAUUGGCGAGAUCCUCCAGCGCUGCGGCUUCGUCGGCGUCAGGGCCGCCGCCGACAUUGAAAAGGACGACGUCAUCCGCAUGAAGGAGGACCACGCCGACGGCAAGCCCGUCGACCUCGAUAGGCCGCACGCCCCUUCUGCGUCCGGACAAGAAAGGGACAUGGGCGACAGCGAGGCGGCCAAGGAGCUCCGCGGCCUGACCAUAAUAUCCCCCCCGGAACACACACAGCCCGAGGGCACUACCGAGCCGCAACCUCCUGCUCUGCCGCCGGGGCAUCCACCGGCACCUGGCGCCGCCGCUGAAGAACCGUUCCGACAGAAAUCGUAG